AUGGAUAUGGAGCAAGAAGACAUGCAAUAUCUUGGCUUCUUUGGUGUCUGUAGAGAAGCCUACAAUAUCAUCUAUUCAUGGAGGAAAGUCUUCAGCCAUAUCACCCUGGCCUUAGUCCUCCCUUUAUCUUUCAUAUUAUUGGCUCACAUGGAAGUCUCCGAGGUCCUCUCCUCAAAGAUCAUCCACAACGAGAUAGUUUUGGGUGAAACCAAAACGGGAACUUUUAGAUACCAAAGGCUCUCAGACAUCCUCAGAUCUGAAUUAAUCACUUUGUGGCUCGUCAAAGCUGCCUACCUCAUCUUCUCCCUUAUCUUCUCCCUUCUCACCACCUCCGCCGUGGUUUACACCAUCGCUUGCAUCUACACCGGCCGUGAAGUAACGUUCAAGAAGGUCAUGAGCGUUGUCCCUAAGGUUUGGAAGCGGCUUAUGCUCACCUUCUUAUGUACUUUCCUUGCUUACUUCGCAUACAACAUAGUUGCUGCUUUGAUCUUGUUUGUAUCCAUAACUUUCAUCAUUUUAAUCAACAUCAAGUUUUUAUCUCUGGUUUAUGUUCCUUUGGUGCUUUACAUGGCGGGUUUGGUAUACUUGUCCAUAGUUUGGCAAUUAGCCAACGUUGUGACCGUGUUGGAAGACACAUGGGGUUUUCAUGCCCUGAGAAAGAGCAGGGCACUGCUAAAGGGCAAGAUGUGGGUGGCCACCUUCAUAGUAUUGCUACUCGGCCUCUGUCAGUUUGGCAUACAAAUAUCAUUUCAGAUGCUUGUUGUGCAUUGUGGAUCAUUGGGCGCAGCAAGCAGGUUUGCCUAUGGGAUUAUCUGUUUGGUGUUACUUUUCAUGUUGCUCCUGCUCGGGUUUGUCCUCCGGACGGUGAUCUACUUCGUCUGCAAAUCCUACCACCAUGAAAACAUCGACAAGUCGGCUCUCUCAGAUCACCUUGCUGGCUAUUAUAUUGGAGAAUAUGUUCCUUUGAAGUCCAAGGAUGUUCAGCUUGAACAUCUCUACGUUUGA